AUGCUAUUCAAUCUAACAUUUAAGUCAGCAAAAGAGACAUUCAAUCGGCCGAGAAAAAAAAAAUGCUGUUCAAACGAAAGGCCCAAGGAUCUCAAGCUGUCUAAAUAUGCACCGCAAGCUGUACCUUUAUAUCAAAAUGCUUCUUCCAAACCAUCGAGCUGUGGAUAUGAGGAAGAAUCAGUGUUUCACAUCUUGUUGGAAUGUUCUAGAUCGCGUUGUAUCUGGCGAUUUUCGAUGCUAGGCUUUGACUUUAGCACAGGACCCCAUACUCCUUUUAACGUUUGGUUUGUGGAGUGGUUCCAAUCAGCUCCGGAUGACUCUUUACGAGGUUUGUCUCUUUAUAUUCUAUGGGCGAUCUGGAAAGAUCGGAAUAAGAUCCUUUGGUCCUCUGAAACACCAGUUGAUCCUGGAGUUGUGGUUAGACAAGCUACCAUGGAAUGGGCCUCAUAUAAGGCGGAUGUUUCUCCACCUCUCUCCUCUGUUUCUGAUCAUGUGAGGGCUGUGGCGCCCUCCCCUGGGCGUCGUCGGCUGGUCGUGGAUGGAGCUUUUCAUGCUAAUACUAAUAACGCUGCCGCUGGUUGGGUUUUGUACAAUUCCAUCGGUGGGACUAUUGACUUUGGCAGCACUAGGUUUCAAGCUACUUCUUCUUUGCAGGCCGAGGCACGUGCAUGCUUGGUAGCUCUUGUCGCUCUCGCGUUUGGGGACUGGAGGAGUUUCUGA